CGGAGCAACCGCGAGGUCCCCGUGCCCGCUUGCACCCGGGGCACCUGCACCGCCGAGCCUCGGGCAGCGCUCGCCAGCGCGCGGGCCGCGUGGGGGUGGCCGGCGGCGCGGGGAACCGCGGCAGCACCCCGAGGAUGGAGCCGCGCACCCGGCGCGCGGGCUGUGGCGGUCUCCUGCUGGCGCUCGUCGUCGCGGCCGUCGGCGGCGAGGCCGUGCACAACUGCGAAGAAGUUCGCAAACUUUUCCAGGGCCGCCUGGUGGGAGCUGCCCGGGGGCUGCCGGAUUCUCCGCGGGCAGGACCCGACCUGCAGGUUUGCGUAGCCAAAGAUCCAACAUGUUGCACCAGGAAGAUGGAGGAGCGCUACCAGGUCCUUGCUCGCCGGGAUAUGCAGCAAGCGCUGCAGACAUCUAGCUCGACCCUGAAGUUCCUAAUCUCUCGGAAUGCGGCUGCCUUUCAAGAAACCCUGGAAACUCUCAUCAGACAAGCAGAGAAUUAUACCAGCAUCCUUUUCUGCAACACUUACAGGAACAUGGCUCUGGAGGCAGCUGCUUCAGUUCAGGAGUUCUUCUUGGAUGUCGGACUCUAUUUAUUUGGUGCUGACGUUAAUCCUGAAGAAUUUAUAAACAGAUUCUUUGACAGUCUUUUCCCUCUCGUGUACAACCAUCUCCUUGAGCCUGGUGUGACUGACAGCUCUCUGGAAUACUCAGAAUGCAUCCGAAUGGCCCGCCGGGAGAUUAGUCCAUUUGGGAAUGUUCCCAAAAGAGUCCUGGGUCAGAUGGGGCGGUCGCUGCUGCCCAGCCGCACAUUUCUGCAGGCACUAAAUCUGGGUAUCGAAGUCAUCAAUACCACAGAUCACCUGCAUUUCUCCAAGGAGUGCAGCAAAGCGCUCCUGAAGAUGCAGUACUGUCCCUACUGCCAGGGUCUGACUCUCAGUAAACCUUGCAUGGGCUACUGCCUCAAUGUCGUGAGAGGCUGCUUGGCGCAUGUGGCAGAGCUGAAUCCUCACUGGCACGCAUACAUCCGGUCCCUGGAAGAACUGUCCAAUGCCAUGCACGGAACCUAUGAUAUUGAACACGUGCUGCUGAACUUCCACUUGAUGGUUAAUGACGCUGUGAUGCAUGCUCAAGUCAGUGGACAGCAGUUAUUGGAACAGGUAAAUAAGAUUUGUGGCCGUCCAAUCAGAACACCCACACAGAGCCCCCGUUGUUCUUUUGAUGGGAUCAAAGAGAAUCAUGGGAUGAAGAUCGCUACAAGAAAUGGUGAAGAGACGCUUGCCAACAGAAGAAAGGAAUUUAUCACUAGCCUUCGACUGUAUAGGACAUUCUAUGGAGGCCUGGCUGACCAGCUUUGUGUCAAUGAAUUAGCAGCUGCUGAUGGACUGCCUUGCUGGAACGGGGAAGACAUAGUAACCAGCUAUACUCAACGUGUGUUUGGAAAUGGAAUUAAAGCCCAAUCUGGGAAUCCUGAAGUCAGAGUCAAAGGAUCUGAUCCUGUGAUCAAUCAGAUUAUCGAUAAACUGAAGCACGUUAUCCAGCUGUUACAGGGUAGGUCACCCAAACCGGACAAGUGGGAGCUUCAGAUAGGCAGCGGCGGUGGAACCGGGGAGCAGGUCAGCGGGGACUGUGACGACGAGGAUGGCUGUGGUGGAUCUGGAAGUGGAGAGGUUAAGAGGACCCUCAAAGUCACAGACUGAGCAAUGGAAAUCACA